UAAAAUGCCUGGCUACGUCAAUCAAGACGUCCACAAGCCCAUAAGCUAGUUAACCUACGUUUUAUUUUAUUUAUUAUUUUUUCUUCGAAUCGUAUAAAAAUGUUGAAGUUAUUCAAAAUGGUCUGAUUGCUACGUUCAAAGGACACGACUGUGACCCGUGGGAUGUUGUAUGACAUCGUCGUUAUUUGUUUGAAACGUAAUUGCCAGGUUGUGGUUGGUUUCUGAUAGCAAACAAGCUCGUCUGUGUUAGCUUGCAGGCUAGCUAGCGAGUUUGUAGCUACGCCUUCGAUGACACUUUUCACUAGAAAGACAAGAAAACAGGUUUAUAUUUACCAGUAUGCGUGGCCUACAUGCUGCUGAAUAAUAAUUAAUCCGUGCAUGAGGAAAGGCCGAGCCGGACUCAGUCUGCUAUAGAGAGAGCGCAAAAGACAGAAAGAUGGCUGUGCAGAACCGGAAUGCAGUGUUGGUCCUGUCUGGACGAGAGCGCGGAGCUCGGAUGUUAGGAUCCGAGCGGCUCCUGCAGCAGCUUGUGGAGGACAGGACACGCUGGAUGAAACUGCAGAGUCAGAAAGUGGAACUCCCUGAUAAUCCUCGCUCAACUUUCUUGCUGGCUUUCAGCCCAGACAGGAAUCUCAUGGCUUCCACCCAUGUCAAUCAUAACAUUUACAUCACGGACGUGAAAACAGGAAAGUGCCUGCACUCUCUGGUGGGUCACCGUCGUACCCCAUGGUGUUUGACUUUCCAUCCAACAAUUCCAGGCUUGGUGGCUUCAGGGUGCCUUGAUGGAGAAGUGCGAAUUUGGGACCUACAUGGUGGUAGUGAGAGCUGGUUCACAGAAGGGAACAUAGCCAUUGCAUCCCUGGCCUUCCACCCCACAGCCCAACUGCUGCUUAUUGCCACCAAUAACGAGCUGCACUUCUGGGACUGGAGUCGACCAGAGCCCUUCGCUGUGGUCAAGACUGGCAGCGAGACAGAGCGUGUCAGGCUUGUAAGGUUCGAUCCUCUUGGCCACAAUCUGUUGACAGCUAUUGUGAACCCAACCAACCAACAGAAUGAUGAAGACUCCGAUGUUCCCAUGGACAGCAUGGAAAUGGCCCUUUUUCGCCAGCGUUCUGUGCUCCGUUCCCCUCCUGUUCGCCGCACUCCAAUUUUGCACAACUUCCUUCACAUAUUGUCGUCUCGCUCCUCCGGAGGAACGGAACCCCGUGAACAACCUCCUAGCAUGCCUCUGUUUCAGUAUCCCGGGCGGAGUGAGCUAGCAGAUCGGCCUCCUCAGCAGACCUGCACUCAGCACCUGGGGCUUGGUUGCCUGUGCAGUCGCUGUGCUGCCACAUCUCGAAACACUCAGAAUUCUUCUGCUCUGCAGACAACAGACUCUGCACAUUCUCACUCUUAUCCACACCCACAGCCUCCAAACCAAUCGCGUCCUUCCUCAGACAGGCCCUCUGCUUUUAGCAGCGUGCACAGCGGUGCUCCCGGUAGCUCUCUGCACCGAGCGCUGUCAUCUCUCAGAACUAGCUUGGCUAUGGGUAGCACUCAAGAGCCCUCAGCUCGGUUGCCAGGGACUGACUGGUCCAGUAGUUUGCUGGGCACCAGUUCUGGGCCUACGCUGGGUGAGGCAGCAGUGAGCAUUGUGGGAAGAGGGAUUGUACCCCCUCCCAGGACCAGCUCCUCUUCUGUGGGUCUGCACUCCAUGCAUAGGUACCCUGACAGCUCUUCCUCCUCUUCACCCAUCUAUACGUCGGCCACAGAGGGUCGCGGCCUGGGACUCUCUGGCACUGACCCCAGACAGGGCAGAGCCAGCGACGGAACCAGUAGCGGCCAUCACCCCUUCUAUGACGGCUCCCAACAGAACAAUCCAGCCUCCAUCCGCAACGUACUCCAGUGCAACCUGAGCCGCUAUUUCAUGGAAUAUGAGCGCAUGCAGGAUCUGGAGAGAGCAGGUUCUAGUCGGGAAUCAGGCACUCAGGGGCCCAUGCAGGACCUGCUAUCCAGCAAUGUAGACUCAGAGAGAGCAGGGCCUUCACAUCGGAACUCAGCAUAUGCUGCGGAUGGCACCAGCAGUUCCAACCUACAGCACAACCACCCUAACUGCUGCCGCUCAUGCCACAACCUCCUCACUUUCAACCAUGAGACCCAACGUUGGGAGCGUUCAAGCCAAGCUUCUUCUGCCUCAGCUCAGGAGGGGCCCCACUGGCAGAUGCCCGUACCUGCCUUUGAGGUACCUGCACAGAAUUCGAGAGAAGAAUCUCAUACUACAGAAGAGGGGCAGCAGCCAAUGCAAAGCCAACAGCCUAUGGGCCUGGUAUAUAAUCAAGACACAGGACAAUGGGAGAGAGUGUAUCAGCAGGCCACAGCCAACCCCUCCACUGAAGCAGCACAAGAAGCCUUAAACCCGGAUGUGGACAAUACUGAUGAGGACUCACUCAGAAGGAGGCUUUUGGAGUCAUCGCUCUUCCCUUUCUCCCGGUAUGACAUGUCCGGUUCCCGUGAUCAUCCUAUUUACCCAGACCCUGCCAGGUUGUCUCCAGCUGCGUAUUAUGCCCAGAGGAUGAUUCAGUAUCUGUCUAGGAGAGAAAGUAUUCGCCAGCGUUCCUUACAGAACCGCCUGCGCACCCUAUCCACAUCCUCUGAUAACCAGGCGGGCAAUCCUUCCUCCACACCAGCAGAGGGCAGUGAUGCUGACUACGAGGACAUAGAGGAGCCUGGAGAGCGGACAAGACACCGAAUGCCUCGCAAUGCACGGAUGUCUGCGCCCUCGCUUGGUCGCUUUGUGCCACGAAGGUUCCUGCUGCCCGAAUAUCUUCCUUAUGCUGGUAUUUUCCACGAGAGAGGUCAGUCGGGCCUGGCAACCCACUCCUCAAUCAACAGAGUAUUAGCAGGAGCUUCAAUUGGUGAUGGGCAGUCUGCAGUUGCCAGUAACAUCGCCAACACCACCUACAGACUGCAGUGGUGGGAUUUCACCAAGUUCGACCUGCCUGAGAUCAGCAAUGCUUCUGUGAACGUCCUGGUUCCACACUGCAAAAUCUAUAAUGAUGCUAGCUGCGAUAUAUCAGCAGACGGGCAGCUCCUGGCUGUUUUUAUACCCAGCAGCCAGCGGGGCUUUCCAGAUGAGGGCAUCCUUGCUGUCUACUCUCUUGCACCUCACAACCUGGGAGAGAUGCUCUAUACAAAGCGAUUCGGUCCCAAUGCCAUCUCUGUGAGCUUGUCUCCAAUGGGUUGCUAUGUGAUGGUGGGCCUGGCAUCACGCAGAAUCCUGCUCCAUCCUACCACUGACCACAUGGUGGCGCAAGUGUUCCGUCUGCAGCAGCCUCAUGGAGGAGAAACUUCCAUUAGGAUGGUGUAUAAUGUGGUGUACCCUAUGGCUCCAGACCAGCGUAGGCAUGUGAGCAUUAACUCUGCACGCUGGCUUCCUGAACCUGGCAUGGGUCUAGCCUACGGGACCAGCAAAGGAGACCUGGUCAUCUGCAGACCUGUUGAUUACCGUAAUGAGGGAGACAGCAGCACUGAUCAGAGCUCAGAUCCUCUAUUCACUGCCAGCAGUAGCAGUCGGACGCGCGGAGUGGAACGGACAAGCAGGUCUGGCUGGCGAUUGGACAGAGACAUGGGAUUAAUGAGUGCUAUUGGCCUGCAACCCCGUCAGCCCGCCCCCUCAGUGACCUCCCAGGGCACGCAGACACCCGUGGUCCGUCUGCAGAAUGCAGAGACACAGACGGAGAGAGAGCUGCCCUCGACAAGUGCAUUUCAGACCAUACACGCACCGCCACAGUUGGCAGAGACCAGUGAAGUGCAGACUGCCAGUACUGAGACACUCCCACACAGUGAGCCACCAGACACAGUGGCUCAAGGAGCUGCUUCUCACAAUCCCAGCACCCACACUGACUCACUGAACACCAACUACGGAGAGUCCCAGGUGGAUCCUGGCCCUGGUGAAGAUGCUCUUUCCCGUAUCCGGCGUCUGAUGGCUGAAGGUGGGAUGACAGCUGUGGUCCAGAGAGAGCGCAGCACCACCAUGGCCUCUAUGGGAGGCUUCGGCAACAACAUAGUGGUGAGUCACCGCAUUCACCGUGGCUCUCAGACACCAGCAGGAGCAGCACAGACGAGUAAUCCAGCACCUUCAGGGGAAAACAGCCUCAACACAAGACCAAACACGCUCCCCUCUGACACUUCAGACAAUCCUGUACCUCUUGAGUCCCAUGGUGGCACUCUUCUAUCAGAAAUUCCCUCUAGGCCUGCUCUUCCCUCUUCUGGCCCCAGCGCAGUAGUGUUCGAGGCUCCGGCCAUGGAGGACACGAUGGAGGACAGUCAGAAUGAAGAACCUCAUCCACCUUCUAGGAGUGGGUACUUGGCUAACAUCAGUAACAACAACAGCAACAACAAUGAGAGUAGCAGCAGAAAUUACCCCGAUGACCUGUACAGCAGAUAGUGCUUCCUGCCGUCGUCCUGCACGGAUGUCGCUGGAGCAGGCUGAUUUGGAUUUGGCAAGACGUGAAUGGUUCUCUCUCAAAACCCGACAGAACGAACCCCUGAGGUGAACUUGUGUGCCUGUGUUUUGCCUCCUUCUGCUUUGGCCUUAUUUGCAGAAGUAAGAGUGCCAAAUUUCCACUCUGUCUCUCUUCCGAGGAGAGAGCAGCCUGUCUACAAAUAUUUAAGGGUGAAUGUCUUCAUGGAUAGCCAUCGUUGCACUUGGUCCUUGCACUUCAGUUGUAGUUUUGCUUAUUUUGAAACGUGUCUCAGACCUUUGAGCAUUCCAUCUCCAGAAAGGGCUUCUACUUGAGUCAUUCUUGUACUUGGGUACAGAAUUAAUGCAGUUCGGUUUACUGCUCCUUCAGGAGCCAUCAUUGUCAACGGUCAAGUUCCAGGCAUGGCUGCAGAAAACAUGCUUGCUCUCCAGGGCCCAUGGGUCAUGCAUUAAUUUCUAACGAUCUCAAUUUAGUCUGAGGAAUUGGAGAAACGUUGAAAGGACACUGAUGUCUAUUAAUCCUCUAAUAACAUUAUUCCCUGUUUGUUCACUGUUUUUGUUUGCAGAAGAGAUUAUAAUCACAGCAGUAUAAUCCACCCAAAUGCUCAAUAGUUUCAACUAAUAUGGAAAUAGGGUGUGUGUAAAGUAACCCAGGUGUUCUUUCAAAAUGUUUUAUGGUGGCUUUUAAGUUUCCUUAUAUGCAAAUAUAUUUUAUUUGUUACCCGAAAAAAGCGUCAGAGUUAAUGUGAGUCAGAAAUUGAUUUUACGUCAUCAAAAAGGGCCAAAAAACAAAGCUAUCACCAUCCAACAUCAAUAUUCACUAACUGUAUAGGUUUUGUGGGCUUACUUGAGCAGAGCUGAUACAUGCUGCUUGUGCAUUGUACCUGUGUUCAGCCUAGGAUGCAAACGGUUCGUAUUGAUGCCACCAGUCAGAGCAUGCUUGUGCCACCUACAGUGGCAUCUAGAGUCUGAAUGCACUAAACACUCUGGUUUCUCUCCAGGUUUUCUAUGUGGAGAAUGACUGUCAAAACAUAUCUCCCAAUACAAGCCUGGGUAAAGAAUGAUACUUGAAUUACAUAUAGCAGAAUAUCUCUAAGAAGCUGGCCAGUUGUUGUAAAAAAAUAAUAGAAGAAGAAGGAAAAAAAGGCCUUGAACCAGCAAAUUGAACUUGACCUGCAUUGAAACACAUACGUUGCUUAAUCACUGAACAGAGGGCAUGUGCUUGCGCAUGCAUGUACUACUGUGCAUGAGGUUGUAUCACAGGUAAGUUGUAGCAUUUCCAAUCAAGAAAAUGACUUGAAAGCAAAAUUUGCUUGUUUUUAGGUAGAUAAAUUUGUCCUGUCUGUUCCUGAGCUUCUGAAGCUUUGAAUACUUCUUAGUCAUCUCUGUGCAGGCGUCGAGCUCGACCUCUUUUGGGUGUAACAGAAGUUACCCGGGUUCUAAGUGCUCGAGACAAAAUCAUGAAGCACAGAACAUCCUAGUUUCUUUUUAUUUGGCGUCUAAAUGGCUUUUAACAGUUUGGGUCAAUACGUGCCCCGUAAUAGCCUUGCUUUUAGCUGUGUAAUAUUUAUCCCUAGUUUUUGACGUCAUAACAACUGCUGAAGCACCCCACCUUCUCAUUUCUCUACUACGUCUUGAUAUUCGAGACUCAGUCAGUGUUGGACUGCUUUUCACACAGAACAAAGUGAGUGAGUGAGUGAGUGAGAAGAGUGACAAAAUAAUAGACACACGUCUUUAUCCAUUUCGUGCUUGGAGUGGUUUUGAUUGCUGCUGUUUAAAAUAUGAAUUAAAAUUUCGCCUCUGGUGCUGUUUAUGUAUUUUUGUUUUAUUAUUAUUAUUUUACACUUUAUAUGCUUAGCCCUGUCUAGUCAUUGAAGACACUGAUCGAAUUCUAAUGUAUUUUAGUUUCCCCAAAACACUGUUACUGAUUAAAGAAUUUAAAUAGGGCAAUUUGUGGAAAAAGGGGCAGAACUGUAAUAAGGGAGAUAACAUCUGCUUUUAUUUGAUGUCACUGUAUACUGUGUGUUUGUUGGUCUGAUAAAUCUGCUCAUAGAUCAAAUCUUUUUGUAAGCUUUCUUUUUUUUUUUUUUUUUUUUUUUGUUGUGUUUUUUCUUUUGUUUUUAAACUUUCUCCAUUGCAUUUUUGCCCACAUCAGGCAAUGCAGUAACAUGUCUGAGAAACACAUCUCUCUCUCUAGUAUUUUAUUAGCAUUUUAGAUUGUGUUAAGAUCCUUCGGUCAAAUGAAGCAUACGACGUUAAAAGAAGAUUCCAGCGAUACAAAACAUGGUGUAACAUGACAGACAGACAUACAUUAGCGACUCUGUGCCAGUUUUAGUCAUCUCACUGCUGGGUCAGUGCUGAAGAAAUCAACGGUAUGGGAAAAGCAGGAUGUAAAUGUCCCCCUUAUCCAUUUAUGUGAGAAGCAUCUUUUAUUAAGUAAAGAAGUGUGAAGUCAAGUCUUUAGCUAAAAUAGGGGUUAGGUGUUUGUUAAACAAAGUGCUGUUGGACGCCAAAGAUCCAGUGUUUCGAUGGUUUAAAAGAGAUUUAAUAAAAAUGGGAAUAUGGAAAACGUG